UUUUUUUUUUUUUUUUGCAUAUUGAUUAAAUGUCAUCGCCUGUGGUAGGCUACACCCACUUCAGCAGCUCUACUUUAUAAAGAGUAGAUAAUGUACUAUCGUAAGUGGACCUGUGUCCUAUAGGGUUAACUGUACCGAUGCGCCGCCCUCUGAUGAACAGAAUAUAAACGCUGCUGGCACACGUUCUGAUUUGCUGUGACAUCACCCCACUGGAACCGCCAAGCAUUCCGCUAAUCUGAAUUUUUACAAACGAGUUGAUAAAAUUUAUAAUUCAGACCUGUACAAAUGGAGAAGCAGGUUGCGGAUGGGUUGAGGGAAGUCUUCCAGUCAGGCAGGUCCAGACCCCUGCAGUACAGAAAACAGCAGCUCAGAGCCCUGCUCCGCCUCAUCACUGAACGCCAAGAAGACAUCGAGCAAGCUCUAAAACAAGACCUCAACAGGAAUACAUACAACACUUCACUCUUUGAGCUGAUCAGCAUCGAGAAUGACAUCAAGUUGGCGGAAAGCGAGUUGGGAGACUGGGCAGCUCCUCGGCCUGUGAAGAAGAAUCUCAACAGCGCACUGGAUGAUGUUUACAUAAAGCCUGAACCUUUGGGGGUUGUGCUGAUAAUUGGAACCUGGAACUACCCAUGGGCCAUGAUCCUGCAGCCCCUGGUUGGAGCUAUUGCAGCUGGCAACGCAGCUGUGUUGAAACCAUCAGAGCUGAGUGAGCACUCUGCUAGACUUAUGAAAGAACUGCUUCCUCUUUAUCUGGAUAAGGAGAUGUAUCAAGUGGUGACAGGAGGGGUUGCAGAGACCCAGGAGCUGCUGAAGCAGCGUUUCGACCACAUCUUCUACACCGGGAGCAGCACGGUGGGGAAACUGGUGAUGGAAGCUGCAGCUCAUCAUCUCACACCAGUGACUUUAGAACUGGGAGGAAAAAGCCCCUGUUAUAUUGACAAGAACUGUGACAUUGCUGUGGCAUGCCGGCGAAUAACCUGGGGGAAGUUUGCAAAUUGUGGCCAGACAUGCAUUGCUCCUGACUACAUUCUGUGUGAGCCAAGCAUCCAGGACAGAAUAGUUGAAGAGAUUCAAAAAACACUACUGGAGUUCUACCAAAAGGACCCUAAAAGCUCUCCAGAUUAUUGCCGAAUCAUUAAUACACGUCACUUUGACAGAGUAUUGGCUCUAAUGAAUGAAUGCACCAUUGCUCUUGGAGGAGAGAGUGAUCGCUCACAAUGUUUCAUAGCUCCUACGGUUCUGAAGGAUGUUUUACCCCAUUUCAAAAUCAUGCAAGAAGAAAUCUUUGGACCACUGCUGCCAAUCGUCACUGUUAAUGGCUUGAAUGAGGCCAUACAUUUCAUCAAUGCAAGAGAAAAGCCAUUGGCGCUCUAUGUGUUUUCCUCUGAUAAAACGGUGAUUAAGCGAAUGUUAACUGAAACCAGCAGUGGAGGAGUGACUGUUAAUGAUGUCUUGAUGCAUUACACUGUCGAUAGCUUACCUUUUGGAGGUGUAGGAAACAGUGGAAUGGGCAGAUAUCAUGGGAGACACACGUUUGACCAGCUGAGUCACCAUCGUGCCUGUCUCAUCAAGUCUUUUGCUAUGGAGGGUUUGAAUGACGCUCGUUACCCUCCGCUAACAGCAGCCCGACUGCGCAAGGCCAAGUUUUUCAUGCAGCAUCGCAUGUGCAGCUGUAGUGGGAUAUGUGUGUGGGCCAUCAUCGCAACCCUGUUAGCAAUUGGUCUGCUUGUUGCCUUAAUAGUUGUGCUCACUGUGCUGAUAUAAGUGCAAAAAAAA